AUGAAGGCGACGGAGGCGGCGCUCAGGCUCGGGCUCUCAGCGACGGCGGGGCAGUCCCAGGCUCUUCGACGGCGUCAGCGGCUCCUGCUCCCGCCUCUCGCCAGUCGCCUCGCGCCCUCGCGUCCGUCCUCCGCACACCGGCCGGCGACCCUGCAGUUGAAGAAGAGGUUGGAGACUUACUAUGGGGUGGAUGAAGAGACAGAGUUACCAUCCGUCGCUGAGGCUGGCCUUGAGCGGAAUCUUGCGGGUGCCCAUAGUGAGACUGAUGAUGAGCUUAUUGAGGAGCUGCGUAGUAAGCCACUCCCUGAAGUCCGUGACCGAGACUUUGAGUCUGAUUUUGAGGAGAUCCAUGAUACCGACGAGGAGCUGAAUGACCUCUACAGUGCGAGGGAGUAUGUUGAGAAGAAGAUCAAGAACAAUGAGUUGUUUAACAUGGAUGACACCAAGUGGGAUGCCUGGAUGAAGGAGGCCACAGACAAGGGCUGCUUUACUAACAUGAAGGUGUGCGAGGGAAUCCUCGAGGACAUGCUCUACUGGGACAAGUUACCUGCGUGGUAUGUUCAGUUGAAGCUUUCUCUAUCUUGCUCCUAUUAUUAUGAAUAUUAUGAACCUUUUGGAAAUGAAAUCUCUAAUUAUAAUGAGAAGUUAAUGACUAGGAUGUUGGAGAUAAAGGAUGUAAUGGAUUUGACAUUUUACGAUGAGAUCAAGCAAAAGGUGGAGGCCAAAUUUAAUGAGUUGGGAGACAUGUGUGAGAGGGGAGAGAUGGAACCUGAUCGGGCAUAUGAGUUGUUCAAAGAAUUUGAGGACAAGAUGGUUGCCGAGUGCACUGAACUAAUUGAAGCAGAGAUGCCAACUGACGCUGAUGAACUGACUGGAUCAGGAAGUAAGAAAGUUGAGUUAGAUGAUCUACCUGGUGAGGGACCUGUUCUAAGGUGGGAAUCACGGAUUGUGUUUGCUCCUAGUGGCGAUGCAUAUCAUCCCAAAAACAGAGAAGUCAAACUCAGUGUAACUGUGAAGGAACUGGGACUUUCACAACAUGCUUUCGUGAGGUUGUUGGAAAGAGGAAUCAUGAUCUCCAGGAUGAUAGCCUUAUCAUUGCAAUUUGAUUGCUUUGGCAGGUUUGAACAUCGGGAAGAGAACAGAAAAGACUGCUUGAGGACACUGUAUACUCUAAUAAAAGAUGCAAUAAAAACUGACAAACUUGUUGAGGAUGCCAGAAAUGCUUAUGUUAAAGGAAGACUUAAGGCUAAUCCUCAAUUUAUGGAACGAUUGAAGAGGAAGACAGAGAAAUUGAUUGCAGCUGCAUAA